CUCACCAACUCGUGCUCUCUUUUAUACCCCCAUCCAUUAUCACACACUUUCUCUUCUAUCAGGCAACCCAUUUUGAUUCUUUUUUUUUUUGUUAAUAAGAAAGUUUCUUUUACUGAAGGAAUUAAAUCAUGUUUAUCUUCGAUUGGUUCUAUGGGAUCCUUGCUUCCCUUGGUUUAUGGCAAAAAGAAGCCAAGAUCUUGUUUUUAGGGCUUGAUAAUGCCGGCAAAACCACGCUGCUUCAUAUGCUCAAAGAUGAGAGAUUGGUUCAGCAUCAGCCAACACAGCAUCCCACAUCGGAAGAAUUGAGUAUUGGGAAAAUCAAGUUCAAGGCUUUUGAUUUGGGAGGCCAUCAGAUUGCUCGAAGAGUUUGGAAAGAUUACUACGCUAAGGUGGAUGCGGUUGUGUACCUAGUGGAUGCUUACGACAAGGAGAGGUUUGCCGAGUCAAAAAGGGAGCUGGAUGCUCUUCUCUCAGAUGAAGCUUUGGCUAAUGUCCCGUUCCUCAUCUUGGGCAACAAGAUCGAUAUACCAUAUGCUGCGUCAGAAGAUGAGUUGCGUUAUCACCUUGGGCUCACCAAUUUCACCACAGGCAAGGGUAAGGUCAACUUGGGAGACUCAAACGUUCGUCCCCUCGAGGUAUUCAUGUGUAGCAUUGUUCGUAAAAUGGGUUAUGGAGAUGGUUUCAAGUGGGUUUCUCAGUACAUUAAGUAGGUAGCUAUAGGAAAUUUAGCAUGCUUUGGUUCUUAAUGUUAUUUUUAUACUAAAUUGAAUUGGAUCAAACACGUUGAGAAAUUGUUGUUACAUGUGUUUCAACCCCCCUGUUACCCUACCUUUUUCCCUCAUCUCUUGCCCCUUUCUUUUUCUUUCCUUCCAUUUUUGUUUGAAUCGGUAAACUUCGUUCUUUACCAGACAAUGAAUGAGACAUACAAGUAAUGAUGAUUUAUUCUGAUUGA